AUGGAGGAAAAUUUUUUUUAUCAUCAAAACAAUCCAUCGAUUCUUGACUUUUUUGCACAGGAAGCAUUAGAUAAUUUAUUUUAUCCAGCAGCUCAAAAAUUUUUAUUUUAUUUAGCAAAUCGUUAUGAUAAUUUAACUGUUGUUAAAAAAUGGUUUAAUGAAAUUUAUUAUUUUUCAUUAUUAUUUCCUCUUCAAUAUCACUAUUUAAAAAAGUACAAUGCAACUUUUUUUGAAAAUUUUUACGGAUUGGAAAGAAAAAAUAUUCAAAAUCCAUUGGGAAAAUUAAGUAAAAAAAAUUUGAUUUUAUCACUUGGAACUGUUGUUAUAUGGCCAUAUUUAAAAUCAAAGUUAAACGAAUUCAGUGAAAAAUUAUCGUAUGAAAACGAUUUCUCAAUUAACGAUAAUAAAAAAUUAAAUUGGAAAAAAUUUAUUAUCGGAAGCAAUAGUGCAAUUAAUAUAAUAUUCAUUGUAAUAAAUACAUUUCAACAUAUAAAAUAUUUAUCGGAAAAAAGCGAAAUUAUAUCACCUUUAUUAUGGAUUUCUGGUGUUAAAUUAAAAUAUAAUGAAAGAUUAAUGGCAGAAAAUGAAAAUUUUACAUUAAAAAAUAUAAUCAAAGGUAUUUUUCCUAGUAAUAUUUUCGGAAUUGGUGCAUUUUUAAUCGAGCUUACUAACAUGUUACAAACAGAAAAUAAAAAUAAUGGAAAUAGUUUUUUUAUACCACCACCACCACCACCACCUCGUCUUAAUCAGGGAUAUUCUCAUGAUGAUAACCCAAUUAAAUGUCAUCAUGUUGGUAAUUAUUCGAAAGCUGUCAUUCCGGAAUCUGGUCACAUGUACUGUUUAGAAUGCAUAAUUAAAUUUUUAAUUGAAAAUGGUUAUUGUCCCAUAACUAAAAUACCAGCUGAUGUACAUAAUCUCAUUAGAAUAUAUUCUCCAGUUUAA